AUGCUGCGGGACGUGGGGGCCGUCACCGUCACCUGCCUGCAGCUCCUGCUGCUGGCGGGCGGCGCGCAGCCACGGCCCCGCGAGUGGGACGAGGACGGGCAGCAGCUGGAAGCCAUCAAACACGGCAUCCUGCGGCGCUUGGGCAUGGCCGGGCCCCCCCCCGUGCCGCACGCUCCGGACCCGGAGAGCAUCAGCCGAGCGCGGCGGCUGUACGAGCGGCGCGUGGCCGAACUGCGAGGGAACCGCAGCCGGGAACGGGAGGAGCGCGACGGAGCGGCGGCCGCGACGCGUUGGCACCGCCUGACCGCCAUCCUGCAGCGCCUGCCGGACCCCCCCCGGGGAGAGCGGGACCCCCACGGGGGGCAGGAACCACUCAGAGGACAGCGGGACCCCAACGGAGAGCCGGACCCCGAUGCUGACCAGCACUCCCACGGGCAGCGAGACCCCGAAGAUCACCGGGACCCCGACGGGCUCCAGGACCCCCCCGGGCCGUACCGUUACCUCCUGCUGGUGCCGCGCACUGGAGCUCUCCGCCAGCGGCUGCAGGUGCUGCGGGCACAGCUGCUGCUCCCCCUGCGCUCAGCACAGCUCCGGGUCAACAUUUACACCCCCGAGGGGUCCGGGGGGGCCCCGCGGCUGUUGCACAGCCGGGAUUUGGAUCCUCAGUCCCACCACCUGGACCUGACAUCACCCCUCCGGCGCUGGGCCGCCGGGCACAGCGCUGCGCUGCGCUUGGAGUUGACCUUCAGCUCCAACGUGUCGGCUCCGUGGGACGGCUCCGGAACCGGGAACGCGGUUCUGGAAGUGGAAAUGAGGGACAAUGAGGGGCGGGGGGCGAGGAGGAGGCGGGGGCUGGAGGAGGAGUGCGGGAAGAGCGAGGGGAAAUGCUGCCGGCGGGUGCUGAAGGUGUCCUUCCAGGAGAUCGGGUGGGACGACUGGGUGCUGGCACCGCGCAGCUACGACAUGCGCUUCUGCCAGGGCUCCUGCCCGCACAACUACCGCGCUGCCAGCAUGCACGCACAGAUCCAGGCCCGUGUGCACGCCCUGAGCCGUGCUGCCCCGGCGCCGUGCUGCGUGCCUGCUGCCUACGACCCCAUGGUGCUGAUGCACUACGAUGCAGAGGGCAGGUUGGUCAGCUCUGUCUUUGAGGAUAUGUUGGUCACCCGCUGUCACUGCGCCUGAGGGCACUGCUGGGUGGAGGGGUCUGUCACCUCCAUCCAUGGGGACCUGUCACCUUUGGGUACAGGGAUCCAUCACCUCCAUCAAUAGGGACUUGUCACCUUUGGGUACAGGGAUCCAUCACCUCCAUCCAUGGGGACCUGUCACCUUUGGGUACAGGGAUCCAUCACCUCUCACCUCCAUCUAUAGGGACCUGUCACCUUUGAGUACAGAGAUCCGUCACCUCUGGGUAUAGGGAGCAGCACUGCUGGGUGGAGGGAUCUGUCAGAUGUGCAUAUAGGGUUCCAUCACCCCCACCAUGGGGUUCCAUUAUGUCUGGAUGUAGGAAUCCAUCACCUCUGGGUAUAGGGAUCCAUCACCUCCAGACACAGGAAUCCACCUUCAUAUACAGGAAUCCAUCAUCUUUGCAAAUAGGGAUUGGCACCUCUGCUUAAGGGGUCCAUCACCUCUGGAUAUAGGAACUCAUCAUCUCUGUCUAUAUGGACCCACCACCUCCACCCAUGGGGACCCAUCACCUCCUGAUGCUGAUGUCUGACCCCCCUGCUGUAGGGCCCCCUCCCCAUCCCAGUGGCACUGAUCCCAGGGAUGCAGACCCCACUGCCAUCACUCCAUGCCAUAACUUAUUCCCCUCUCCCCUUAUUUAAAGCACUGGUUCAGCAGGAGGAGCCCACCCCGCUGCCACACCGGCUCCUCUCCGCAUGAACCUUUUUUAUACAGUCCUUUAUUUAUUGCUCAUUAUUUAUUGCAUUCUACGGCUUUGUUGGGAUUUUUUUUUUUUUUUUUUGUAUAUUUAUAUAUUUCUAUAAAUCAAAUCGCGAUGUAAAUGAAUAAAGUGAUGGGAACACAGUGCCAGCAGCUCUGCUCCAUGCAGCCACGUCCCCCCCAGCUCCCCCCCCCCAGUCUUGUCACCCAUGGGUGAGUCAUAUGUGGGCAGUGCUCCAGCAGCACUUUGCCCUGACUGUGGCCUUGGGGCGGGCGCUGGGAAGCCCUGACCACAUCGGGGAUGUGGCACUCAUUUACCUGUACCCACAGCCAGGGGAUGGGGGGACAAGGGGACACAGGGAUGGGGGCAGGGGGAUGGGGACAUGAGGACAUGAGAUAUGGGGAUGGGGGACAUGGGUACAGGGGGACAUGAGACAUAGGAUAGGGGAACAUGGGGACACGAUACAUAGGGAUAUGGGACAUGGAGGAUAUGGGGACAUGAGAUGUGAGGAUGUGAUAUAUGAGAAUAUGGGACAUGGGAUGGGGAUGGGGACAUGAGAUACACAGGGACAUGGGGAUGUGGGACAUGAGACACGGAGAUAUGGGGACAUGGGGACUUGGAGGUGGUGGCCAUGGGGAAGUGGGACAUGUGGGAACGUGGGGACAUUGAGAUACGGAACGUGGGGACAUGGGGAUGUGGGACAGGAUGAGCUCCACCUGGGGUUAUGGGGACCACAACUCAAUGGAUGUGGGACAUGGGGUCACCAUGAUGGGGACGUGGGCUUAUGGGGCCGGGAAAUAGGAACCUGCCAGUGUGGGACCCAUAUUGCUGGCACCUCUGCUCUGGGGGCAGGACCCCCCAGUUCCCCACACAGCCCCUCCGGGGGUUCUGACAGACCACGAGUCCUACGGGUCACUGAGGACAGCCCAGCAUUUCAUGUCACCAUAGAGAAUCACAAGGACCCGUGCAAGGCUGGGACACGGGGUGCCCCCAUGUCACCACCCACACAUCCCAUAGCCGUCACCUCGCAGCCGCGCACUGCCAGCAGCGUCCAAAACCGGCACUUUUAUCCCAGACUGUCGGAUUUCACAGAGGGCGGCGCCGGCAGCGUUUGGGGCCGUCAGACCCGGUGUCACGCGGAGCUCCGGAGCGACGUGCAGGGACCGCCGCGUCCCACCGCCCCGUCCCCAUUUCGCAGUGCAAAACCCCACGGAGAAGCGGCCGCUUCCGCCCUCAGCCCCGCGCAGGAAACGGCCGCGCAGCCGUUUUGCUCUCGUUGCAAAAAGAAAAAAAAGAAAAAAAAAAAAA